AUGUCUUGGCAAGCAUACACUGAUAACUUAUUGGCCACCGGUAAGAUUGACAAAUCUGUCAUUUACUCCAGAGCAGGUGAUGCAGUUUGGGCCUCAUCUGGUGGUUUGCAAUUACAACCGGCUGAAAUCUCUGAAAUUGCUAGAGGUUUUGACAAUCCAUCUGGACUACAAUCCAACGGGUUACACGUUCAAGGCCAAAAGUUCAUGUUGAUCAAGGCAGAUGACAGGUCCAUUUACGGUAGACAUGAAGCCGAAGGUAUUGUCAUUGUUAGAACAAAGCAAACAAUUCUAAUCGGACACUAUCCACCAGGUGUUCAAGCAGGUGAAGCUACCAAGAUCGUUGAACAGUUGGGUGACUAUUUGAUCAGUGUUCAAUACUGA